CGGGGAACUGGGAGAACAGAUCAGUGAUUAGUUACCACUAUAGUUGAGAACCAGUGGUUCCAAAGAGUAAAACCUGUAGAGCUAGACUUUUUCUGGUUCCGUAUAUGGUGGCUGCCUGGAAUCCACUGGGAGUGAUUACUUCGUCAUUCUGAGUCACCUUCGUCUCUCACCUCCACUGCUUGCGGUAAAAAAGGUCGUCCUUCCGAACACGCCAUGGUCGCACCGCACGGAUCCCGCCAGUCACUUGCAACUCACCUCGCCGCGCAUCCUCAUCCUCGCCGACGCCAUGGCUCGUGCCUUGCGCAGUGGUUCUCAGCUCAUGCCAGUGGCCGUGGCCGCCACAGUGGCUGCAGCUGGCUGGGCGUUCGUGGCCCCACCACGAAGUGUGGCCACCAGGGAAGUGAACAGGAGCCCAGUAGCUCCCAGAGCACCCGCCGACACCACCGCUGCCUCCGGCGCCCGUCUCGGUGGCGCUUCCGUCCUCCUCACCGCCGCCGGCCUCGCGGCAGCGGUGGGUCUCGCACGGGCGCGGCCAGCCAUGCGAGCCGGUGAGGAGAAGGAGAUGGAGAAGAAGCCCUUCGACGUCUGGGAGCCCUCGACCUAUGGUAACAUCUCCAUGGAUGACGUGAAGAAGUACGGCACUGCAGGGACUUUGUCGUACGUCAUCACCGAGCUGCUCUUCUGGGCCAUUGCCUUCCCCACGGAGUGCAUCGUUUACCUCAACACCGCAGGACAUUGGCCCGACUUCAGCAAGCCGGAGGAAAGUGCCGCUGUCUUCGGCCUGGUCUUCGCCGCGUCCAACAUCGCCCGGCUCUUGCUGCCACUGCGCUUCGGGGCAGCACUGGCCAUGGCGCCUUGGGUGGACGAGAACAUCAUGCAAAAGUUCUUUAAACAGGAGGCCCAGGAGGCCAAGGAGGGCGCCUAAUGUCCGAGUUGCAAUCUUCGGGCCGAACUGCGGCAAGGUCCGCAGUGCGAGGCUUGGGAGUCUUCCACGAGCCUGACGUUUGACCGUGAUUUGACAUAAGAAGCAGUCACCACCUUGUUG